UAUUUCCUAAUGGCCUCGAAUCCUCUUUCGUACCACCAUCACCGCCUCCGUGAAGCAUCGUUCCUCCUGCAGGCUUCACCCCCUCCGUUUAUUUUCAUUAAUGACCCAAUUUCACCCCGUUCUACUGCUCAAGCUCUUCUUGGCGCGCUCUCACUCCCUACCAGCACCACCACAUCUAUGCACCAUGUUCAUGUCAACGCCGUAACAUGUUUUUCUGCCAGAUUAUUGUUCGACGCGAUUCUAAAUGGACUCGCACGAUGGAUGCCUUCUUGGGAAGAGGGGUGCACCAACUGGUCAGGACCCAACGAUACCGGGCAUUAUAAUGAAUCGUUAGACGCGUUUUUGCGCGGCCUAAAGACGCUCUAUUCGUUCUUGCACCAUAGCAAUAGCAAUCUAUCUCAAGUGACGCGAUUUGUAAUCGUGGUUGAGCGUGCGGAACGUCUCAAGGAUCGAUUACCGGACCUCGUUGUUCCUUUGACGCGUCUUGCAGAAAUGGCACGUAUUGAUCUGGCAAUUAUCUUCAUCUCUUCCAGACGGUGGGACGAUAUGCGGCCUUCUUUUGGAGCUUCUCCGGAUCCCUACUUUGUGGACAUCGCUAUUCCUACCAAAGAAGCUUGUGUUGCAUACCUUUGCUCCAUGUUUCAGUCUUGUCAGACUCAACCAAACCUGCCUCUCAAUCCCUAUCACCCAGCCCUUGAAGGCAUGUACACGUCUUUCGCAUCAAUCCUAUGCGACACAUGUUUCCCGUUCACCAACGAUCCUGAUGAACUUGCAUAUGCCGCCGCUGCGCGGUGGCCGGGUUUCAUCCAACCCAUACUGGACAAUCAUGCAAUCGAACAGGGAAAAGGCAAUAGCAACCUCACCGAACGGGAUGAUAAUGAGCACUUAUUUACCGACGAUGCGAUGCUUGUCGACGAUGUCCACGGUUUUGUCACACCUUCGGAAGAAGUCCGCAUGCGUCUAAAUCGUUACUUUAAACCCAGUAUCACUGCUGCGCUGGAACAGCUAUAUCCCCGUUCUAGCAAUGCGCAAGACUGGGCAGGUGCUAAUAAGCCUUCUCCUGAGGCACUGGGGACCAUAUUUCCCAUUCAUCGAGCAGAUCACCCGACUGAACCACGAGUCGAUGCUGCCGUUAAAGAGAAGCUUGCAGAACCAUAUCGGAAUUUGACGAGAAUGGCCAAGUUUAUUCUCAUCUCCUCGUUCCUGGCCUCGAUGAAUCCGGCUAAGUCAGACCUGAGGAUGUUUGGCAGGGGUCUGGACGAGAAGAAACGCAAACGUCGACGGAUCACCAAGGCACCUUCUGCGAAGACCAAAAGCGGCCCUAUCAAGAUUCCUCAGCAUUUCCUUGGGCCAGCAGCGUUCACCCUUGACCGCAUGUUAGCCAUCUUGGGCGCGUUGCUCGAAGAGAACGACAACGACGACGAUUUCAGACCUUUCAAGAUUGACUUCUCGAUUCCUGGAGAGUACACUGAUAUGGAAGUUAGCAGGGUCGGUGUAUGCGCUACUAUCGUGGAUCUGACAUCGUCAAAGUUGCUCCAUCGAACUUCGCCGGCCGAAAAGUUGGAUGGACCCCCGAUGUUCAAAUCCGGGGUUUCAUACGAUGUAGUGUUAGGAUUAGCUAAAGAGUUGGACGUACCGCUGCAGGACCUGCUAUGGGAUCCUUUGUGAUCCAUCUAGGACGCAACCAUCUGUCUUCGAUUUGUAUUUUAUUCCACGGUUUUAUCAGAAUCAUCUGAUGUCUUUGUAGCGAUAUCUACUGUCCUCAUUGCCUAAACUCUUAAGAAGUGAGGCAAAGACAUCGAUAAGGUCGUGCUACCACCCAGAGAAGUUGAAACUGUAAGUUCUGUUCUCGUGGACUGCCAGGGUAGCCGUGCCGUAGUGCUUCUCGAGAAUAGAAUCGAUCGCCGGUGCUGCAGCCUAUUUCGAC